AUGAACAAACUACGCUUUAUUAGUCGUCAAUUUGUGAGGUUCUCUUCCUCUAAUAAUAUUGCAUUUGCAUUUGACAUCGAUGGGGUCUUGUUACGCGGUUCCAAACCGUUAAACCCGUACGCAAAGACUGCGUUGACUCUCUUGGAUGAACAUAAGGUGCCAUAUGUAUUGUUCACCAACGGUGGUGGUGUUUCUGAAUCUGAUAAGAUCCGAGAGGUGGCUAAGAAACUGGAGUAUCCAACACUCACUCCUGGUCAAAUCAUACUUUCACAUUCCCCAUUCAAGAAACUCACCAAGUCCUUUAGCAGGGUGUUUGUUGUUGGUGGUAAAGCUGAUCGGUGUCGCCGAGUUGCUCUGGAUUACGGGUUUCGCGAGGUAUUGAUCUCAGCCGACUAUAUUGCGUGCAAUCCAGGUAUAGCUCCUUUCCAUAAGUACCAUGCAGACGACGAACUUGCCUUGGACCCAAAAAACUCGCGCGUUUGUGCCUCAAAAGAUUCGAUAAAUGAUCCUGUGGACUGUAUUUUGGUUUUCAAUGAUUCGUGGGAUAGUUCUGCAGACAUACAGAUCGUGCUCGACCUUCUCAACUCUGAGCAUGGAAAGAUAGGAACUUUCAGAGAAGGAAAGUACGCUAGACCCAGCAUUCCUAUUUACUUCUCCAAUGGAGAUUUCUUAUGGGCAAACGACUUCAAAUUGCCCAGAUUUGGCCAGGGUGGCUUCAAAGUACAAGUGGAGGCUCUUUAUGAAAAAAUUAACGGGGUCCCAUUGGAAAGCACUACCUUGGGCAAGCCCGAACGAAUUUCCUAUGAGUUCGCCCACCACGUGCUUUGCAAUUGGAGCGGAACAACCCCGGAUAAAGUGUACAUGGUGGGGGAUAAUCCGAACAGCGAUAUUCAUGGCGCGAAUGCGUUUGGCUGGGAAAGCAUUCUGGUUCGGACCGGGGUGUUCAAGGACUCCGAGAUUGACUACUAUGAUCACCUUCCCACGCUUGGUAUCUUCGACAACGUGGAGACAGGAGUACGCAAAGCACUGGAGGAUAACGGUAUAAUCGGAGCUUCAAACUAG